UUUUUCGGUUGAUUAAUUUGGUGAACUUGGUUUUAAUUUGUUUCUUUAAUUGUUGUGAUCUUUUUUCUUUCAUUAAUCAAAUAUUUUUACUUAAUUUUCUUCUCUCUAUUCAAAUCUACCAUUCUAAUCUUAUUUUUAUCAUUAAAUGUGCAAUUAGAAUAAAAGAAAUUACUAUUAUUUUUAGAGUGAAAAUUAGGGUUGAGUCUCUCUUUUUCUCUACAUACACAUAAACAAGGAUCUCUUUUCAAUCCACAUUUUCUUCUUGUCAUCAUCAUCAUCAUUCCUAUUUUUCUCCGUAAUAACAAUGGCUGAUUUGGAAUCUUUUGAGAAAAUUGAAGAUAUUGAUCCGGCAGCUGAUUUCAUUGCUAGAGAGCAAAGUGCUUUGGCUGAGAUAAGUAAUGAUAUGGAAUUGAAAAGUGAUCAAAAUCAUCAGGAAAAUGGUGAAACUGGAGAUGAUAUUGGCUCUGGUACCAGAGGUGAUGCUGAUGGGACUGAUAUGAUCAAUAAUGUUUCCAAUUCAGUUUCUGCUAAUAAUUUAACCAAUAGUAGCCAAGUUAAUGGUGGAGAUAAAGAACCUAUCAAGGAACCAGAGAAAAUACGUAAAUGGAGGGAAGAACAACAAACAAUGUUGAAAGCAAAAGACGAAGAAGAGGUGAAAAAAAGGAAGGAAUUAGGUGAACAGGCAAAGAAAGAAUUAGAUGAAUGGUAUGCUCGAUACGAAGAACAAUUGAAUAAAUCAAAAGUAAUCAACAGAGAGGCUUGCAAAAACGCUGAGAAACAAUGGAUCGCUGAAAGAGAUGCCGAAUCUCCUGGACAAGAAUGGGAAAAAAUUGCUCGCAUGUGCGAUUUUAAUCCGAAAGCUUCUCGUAAUUCCAAGGAUACCUCACGAAUGCGAUCAAUUUUACUUCAAUUGAAACAACAACAAGCUCAGGAAAAAUCAUCUUGAAUCCUCUUUCCUUUUUUUUCAGUCCAAUAGUAAUUUAUCAUCACAAUCAAGCCACUACAAAGGAAAAAUCAACAAACAAUUAUCUUUAAAUUGAGUGUCUUAUUGUCAAGACUAACUGAAGUUUGAAAAAUGGUGUAAUAACUUGAACAAUCAACAUUUCACUUGGUAUUAGAUUCAACUGUAACCACAAUCAUAACCUGUGUUCAACUAAAUCCUCUACAUCAUCUCCAUCAUCGUCACGUUAACAAUUAUUGCAGCAAAAUCGUCGUCAUCAUCAUCACAUCUUGGUAGAGUUUGAAAUUAACAGCACAAAAAGAAACAACCAAAACAUUUCCAAUUUUCUGGGUUACCCUGUGUUCAAUGUUUAAUCAUCUGUCUUUUUUUUCUAAAUUGUCGGUGAAGUGAUAGAGAAAAAGAAAGAGAAAAACAAAACGAUAAUAUUAAUAAUUUCACCAACAAUUUAAUAACAAUGAUAAUGUUUAGAAAUGCAUUUAACUGAAAUAAAAGAGAAAACAAAACACAUACAGAAUUUUACAAUUAAAAGAACAGAAAAACUGA